AUGUCCGACUCUUUCACAAGUUCCUCGUACUAUUACAGUUCCACAAGCAACGGCAGCGACGGCAGGACUACAACCGGACACAGGUAUUCAACGACUUCAUACACCGAGCCCGACGGCACAACCAUCGUACGUACUGCCCAGCAAGAUUUAGGCCAACCAGCAGUCGUUGAAGAGCGGCGCUACGACAACACUGGACAGGAACAGCUGGCUUUGCCAGAGCCGGGAGGUGGUACUUCUGCAGGUGGAGUACGGCGCAUCACCGACCUAGAAGAUGUUUCAGAUUCCCAAAAUUCCCUAUCCCAAACUUCCACGUCCAAUGUCCUUGCUGAUAUUGGGGGUAAGGCGGCUCAGCUCUUGGAUGGGGACGGCGAGAACGAUUCGUUUAGUUUGGCUUCUUCGCCGCUGGGGUCCAGGGUUUAUGACCCCGUGACCGGUACUUAUAACAACCAAUCUGAGUAUGAUAUCGGUGGAGUCACCAGGCGUCAUAAGGUUAUUAGGGAUGCUUCUGGUCGGAGACUUAGACGGGAUUUGGAUUUUGCUGCGGAUGGCCUCUCGUCUUCGGCGAGGGAGAACCGCGCGUAUGAGAAUCCUAGUACAGGCACCAGGUUGCGGAGAGAGAGUGACGUGGAUGUUAGGAACGUGCUUUAG